UCUCAGUUCACAGUCACAUCAAUUGGACAUGGUGAAUAUUGAAUAAAUUCGCGAAAGAGGAAGCUCUAGACUCUUCCUGGCAUUAGAGAUAUGGAGAGCCAGGACUUCCAGGACUUGUGCACUUUUGAGAGUUAUAUGAGUUUCUGGCACUAUUAUGGUUACGGAGUUGAUCAACAAGGGCUGAUCGAUCGAGAAUUUAAAAGGAUUAAAGGGAUUACAUACCUUGAUCAUGCAGGGGCAACGUUAUUUCCUGAAUCUCAGAUUAAGGGAUUUUAUGAGGAUAUAGCUAGAAAUGUUUAUGGCAAUCCUCACAGUCAUAAUCCUAGCAGUAGACUAACCCACGACACUGUGGAAAGUGUCAGAUACCGGAUACUGGAACAUUUUAACACAUGUCCUGAAGAGUACUCAGUGAUUUUCACAUCAGGAUGUACUGCAGCACUGAAAUUAGUUGCCGACUCUUUCCCCUGGAAAUCCUUGUUCACAGAGGAGCCUGGAAGUCAAUUCUGCUACCUCACUGACAACCACACCUCAGUGGUGGGCAUUCGUGGUGUGACUGCCCACCAGGGAGCUGGCACGGUUCCUGUUCAACCUCACGAAGUGGAAGCAAGAGCUAAAAACCCUCAAACAUUGACAAAUGGAGAUCAGGACUGCUCUACACCUCAUCUGUUCUGUUAUCCUGCUCAGAGUAACUUCUCAGGCAGAAAGUAUCCCCUGAGUUAUGUGAAAGGAAUUCAAUCUCAGCAGCUCUAUCCCGCAUGUGAGCACCCAGGUCGAUGGUUUGUGCUCCUCGAUGCUGCCUGUUUUGUUAGCUGCUCACCCUUGGACCUAAAGAAGUAUCCCGCAGAUUUUGUGCCAAUAUCCUUCUACAAAAUGUUUGGCUUCCCGACUGGACUCGGAGCCUUGCUGGUGAGGAAUGAAGCAGCUGGGUUCUUGAGAAAGGGUUACUUUGGUGGAGGCACAGCAGCAGCCUAUCUUGUGGAAGAUAACUAUUUUGUACCAAAGGCAAAUGUAGUUAGCAGGUUCGAGGAUGGCACGAUCUCCUUCCUUGACAUUAUUUCUCUCCAUCAUGGUUUUGAAACACUUAAAAAACUUACAGGGAGUGUUCACAACAUUCAGCUUCACACAUUUGGUUUAGCGAGAUACACCUUCAUUAUACUUUCAUGUCUGCGUCAUAGCAAUGGAAAGCCUGUUGCACAGAUCCACUGUGAUAAUGAGUUUCAGAAUAUCGCUGAACAGGGUGCAAUCCUCAACUUUAACCUACUGGACAGUCAGGGACGAACAGUUGGUUAUUCUCAGGUGGACAAAAUGGCCAGUCUCUUCAACAUUCAUAUUCGCACAGGCUGUUUCUGUAACACAGGUGCUUGUCAACAUUAUCUGGGCAUCAGCAACCAAAAUGUGAAGAGCAACCUGCAGGCUGGUCACGUCUGUGGAGACAACAUUGAUCUGGUUGAGGGACAUCCCACAGGAUCCAUCCGUGUGUCUUUUGGGUACAUGUCCAGAUUUGAAGAAUGCCAGAACUUUCUUCGGUUUAUUGUGAACUGUUUUGUAGACAAACCACUUAUACUGGAUCAAGAGAGACUGGGGAGGCUAAAGUCAGCUUCACCAAUGGAGUCAUCAGCUUCUUAUUACUCAACAUCAAUACCAAAUAGCCAUCUUGGUCAUGAGAAUGGGCAGGUUAUCACCUCUUCUGCUGAUAAAGUAACACUUUCGGAAGAUGCUUUGUCAAAAGAAGGAAAGAACAAUGACAAUUACCAUACACUAACUAAUCUCUUUAUCUAUCCAGUCAAAUCAUGUGCUUCAUUUGAGGUGACAGAGUGGCCACUGGGACCACAGGGUUUGUUGUAUGACCGUUUGUGGAUGGUUGUGAAUGAGAACGGAGUGUGUCUGAAUCAGAAAAGGGAGCCUAAGCUGUGUCUGAUCCAACCUGUCAUCUGUCUGGCCUCUAACACACUACGGCUGGAGGUCUCAGGGAUGGAACCAGUCACUCUUCCCUUGGAGACCAGCCUAGAGAAUUUAGAUCUAAGAACAACCCAAAGCAAAGUCUGUGGUGACAGGGUACAGACAGUGGAUUGCGGGGAGGAAGUUUCCGCCUGGCUUUCCAAAUUCCUUGAAAAACCUUGUCGUCUUAUAAGGCAAAGACCUGAUUUCCUGCGUGACAUGAAAUUUGGCCAAAAAGCAGGGGACUGCUGCCCCACUGCUCUCUCACUGGUAAAUGAGGCUCAGUUUCUGCUUAUUAAUAGAGCAAGUGUGUCUUUUCUGCAGGAACGCAUUGACAACAGGCAGGACAAUGACAACGAAUCAAUUUGUAAUGACAUGGAGCAGCUCAUUCAGCGUUUCCGUCCGAAUCUUGUCAUCUCAGGACAGGAGCCUUUUGCGGAGGAGGACUGGUCUCACUUGAUAAUAGGAGGCACACAGUUUCAGGUAAUGGGGAGAUGUGGUCGCUGCCAGAUGAUUGGGGUUGACCAAAAAUCUGCCGCUAGGACUCAGGAACCCCUCCGGUCACUUUCUGAAUGCAGAAGUGGAAAGGUGACUUUUGGUGUUUACUUGGCUCAGAAAUCAAUGAGAUACUCCACUGCUGUACCUGUCUUAUCCUUAGGGGACCUUGUUAUUCCGCAGUUAUCAGAAUCAGCUGAUUAACUUAAGACAUCUCAGUCUUUUUAGUUUAAUUUUUAAACUUUGCUGACAGAUAUAAUUAAUGUAUUAUAUGUGAUAUAUUGUAAUGAUGUCAUAUGCUGUUAGAAAAGGCUUACCAUAUCCAUUUUUAUACUCAAAAUAAAACUAAGUAAAUUGUUUAACCUAUUAUUAGAAAAGGUUCUCAACUAUUUGUAGGAUUUUCUACUUCAAACUUUAGGUAUUUUAUCUAUAGGCAAGAAGGAGAAUGAAUUAGAAAAUCCUACAAAUAGCGGAAAACCUUUUCUGAUUAUGGGUUAAACAGUUUCGGUCUAAUUUAAAACACAAUACAGAAGUAGAAUGGGAGCCUAAAGUUUUGAGUUGUGCACACUCUGCCAUCAUAACUGAUUUGGCAAUGCUCUUUUAAAAGAUUCUCUGUACAUUAGACACCCUGAGUAACAAAUGCAAUCCCAAAGGCUGCUUAGCACAAAAGGACACGUAUAACAGUAGCUAAUGUCACACAAUUAUCUGGAUCAGGAAGAGUGUAAUUGCCAAAUGUUUACACAAGGAAUGGUGACAGAAGCUUCCAGUGCAAAGAGAAUACAAAAUGAAAUUCAUAUAAUACAGUAAAUACAAACUAUAUACAGAUAUGGAUAAUAGGACAAUAAUAAUAAUAAUAAUAAUACAGUAUGUCCAAAUAUGCUAUAGCCUAUACAGAUAAACAGUUAUGUGCAAGGGAAUGAAUGUAAUGUGCAGAAGAGGUAUGAUAUGUUAAAUAAAUAUAAUUAUGAAUGAAUUAUGAAUUGCAUGCAAUUAUAUAUGAACUGUUCAUGAUGAGGGAAAAAACAAACUUUAUAUAAAAAAAUAAAAAAAUUAUAUAAUUUUUUUUUUUAAAUUAGGUACAUUUCGAAGAAAUUUGUGCAUGGGGAACCAUAUCUGUUCAAUAGUGAAAGUAAAGUGAAAUAAACUACUUGAACUUCAAUUUCCAUGGAUGAACUUUAUAUUUCUAUGCAAAUUACAUGAACGCGUCUGUGAACGUCAUUCUCACGCACGGGUGGGCGUGGUUGAGUUUAAGGGCGUGUACCUCUCAGUCAAACUUCCAUAUUUAUAUCUACUAAGUUUUGUGUGGCAGAUUGUGUAACAAAACCUUCAUAAUAGUGAUUAUUCUUUACUAAACAAAAGCACGAGUCAAACGUCUCAAAGCUUUGAACAUGCGCUUCUUAAAUAAAGUAAAACUUUUACAUUUCUAACCGCCUGC